AUGUCUGAGAAUCCAGUACAGAGCUUAUUUCAUAACUUUGAGAAAGUUGCAAAUUUUGUUCAACAUCAUGUAUCUAAUUUUAUAGGAGAUCAUAUCCAGUCAUCAGGAACCUCUGGUAGAGGCUCUGUCAAUGCCUCCAUCAAAGUCCCAUUUGUGAAAACUACAUCUUCUGUACAACAACAUGAUCCUGUUGUCAAGGGCAAGUCCUCUACCCCUGUGACUAAAGAAGACCUUGGAAGGGCUACAUGGACUUUUCUUCACACUCUUGCUGCUCAGUAUCCAGACAAUCCUACAAGACAACAGAAGAAGGAUGUAAAAGAAUUGAUACAGAUCUUGUCUCGAAUGUACCCUUGCAGUGAAUGUGCAGAUCACUUUAAAGAAGUUCUUAGAUCAAAUCCUGUACAAUCGGGGUCACAUGCUGAAUUUUCUCAGUGGCUAUGUCAUGUGCAUAAUGUUGUCAAUAGAAGUAUCGGCAAACCAGUAUUCCCAUGUGAACGAGUUGAUGCAAGGUGGGGGAAACUCGAGUGUGAGCAGAAAGCAUGCGAGGUUAUUGGAAGUACAUCAAUUUUUGGGAAGAUAUAG